AUGACCACACGAUCGGAUCCAGACAAGUCCCCACCUAAACAAAAUGACCUCGAUGCAAAAAGCAGUGUUGAUAAAUGCAGCGAUCCCAUACUGAUGGAGGAUCAGCAUCACCCGGCGGAAGUUGUCUCCAUUAAUGAAUUGCUUCCCAAGCAAGAAAUUCAAUUUGACAGAAUGCUGCCUAAUUCUUUCAACUUCAGAAAAUCUAAUAUCUCUUUAUUAUAUGAUCAACUAUUCUGCACCAAUUGGAACUUUCUCGAUAGCAUUCAUGAUGUUGAGGAAGCAUGUGAACAAUUUUAUGCUGCGUUGAACGUAAUUUUUUCUUUUUGUGUCCCAAAGUACUCCACUACCAGAUGUCGUAGACAAUUCCCGCCUUGGUUUAAUGGUAUCAUAAUAAAGGAUAUCAGAACUAAGGAGAUAUUGUUUAGGAGGUUAAAGUUAAAUUCUGAUGAAAUGACCUUACAUGAUUACAAAGCUUUGAGACUCAAAAUUAAAAAAUAUAUAGAUAUUGCUUAUAAAGACUAUGUAAAAAAAACUGAAGAUGAUAUAAAGCGAGACCCGUCAAAGUUUUGGUCAUUUGUCAACAGCAGAAGUCAUGGCUCUAUACCUAAGAAUAUGACUUAUAACGGUUUGGAUAUAAGUGAGCCUCAAGAAAUUCUAAACAGCUUUGCUGACUUUUUCAUGAUCACAGAAAACACCAGAGUAUGCAAUCUGCACUUCGCUGAGGACAGCAUAAUUUGGGAAUCCACCUUCCAUGACGAAAAGACAGGUAGGACCAUUACUGUACCCCUUAAGUAA